AUGAUUGAAGAAAAAGAGACUCUUAUUCUUGAUGAUUUUGAAGUAGGAUCACAAAUAGUAGAAGAAGAGCCAUCAUAUUCAAUGCUCGUAUCAAUAGAAAACUUCCCACAAGAGCAGCAAUUGUUUUGGAAUUCAAUUUAUGUCGAACCUGUAAUCAAAAACAAUUUUGUUGUUGUAAGAAUGAAUUUUGCCGAAAAUAGAGAUCAGAUAACUAAAUUUGGAGAGAUACAUCCAAUUGAAUCAAUACCAUCAUUAUAUUAUUUUGCUCCAAAUUCUAAUCAUACAGUUACAAAAGUAUGGAAUAACUAUCCACAACCAAAAACAUUUAAAUCAUUCUUUAAUAUGGAAGCAAAUACGAAAAAUGCAAGUGAUGCGUCAAAACCAGGCAAUGCUCCGGUUUCGCAUAUAAAUGAAGCAAUAUCUGUAAUUAAAGAAAACCAAAAUACUUUUGUUAGACUUUCAAUUCAAUAUAAAGAUCAAACAAUUAAAGAGCAAUUCAACAAAUCAGCUAAACUUCAAGAGUUAUUCAACUUAGUAAAUACGAAAUUUGGUCCAAAUCAUCAGAUAACAAUUUUUCCGAACAACAAUUUAGUUCCUAAUGAUCCAAACAUGACAUUUGAAGAAGCGGGAUUAUUCCCAUCCGCAAAACUUGUUAUAAAAGAUAAUGGCGAACAAAAUUUCCAAACCACUUUUGAUUUACCUCAAUAUUCAAUUCCCCCGGCUAAUGAUCAAUCUGAAUUGUUAGCAGCUAAUGAACGAGGAGAUUUUAUAGAUAUUGUGCCACAACCAACGAAAUGCUGCAGUGUAUCUGGUUUAUUUAUUAAAAUUUUCUCAUUUUUCGAUCCAUGGACGGAAUUUGAAGAGAAGGAAGACUUCUUCGAGGUCAAAGCAUGUAAUAAUUAA